UGCAGAUUUCUCAAACCAGAAGAAACAUCAACUAAAGUAAGAGGCAGUGUUUGAACACACAACACAAUGCAGUCCAGAGACAGUCACAAGAGGGGUCUGGGGAACAUUGACUUUAAAGAGACUUCUUUGUACAGCCCUGAAGACCCUGAUAUAAUAUAUCUGCAAGAUAAGAAACCUUACCGCAACGCCCCCCCCAGAACCAAGGCCGCUAUUUCUCCUCUGUCCUUCCAAUGGUCUAUGCUCCCUCAAAUGGAUGAUGUAAUCAAUUUCUGCUGUGAGAUAGCAAAGAAUAGUCAGAUUGAAGUGGCUGUAAAAAAAUCUAAAAGAGGAGCUGCUGCUGCUGGGGGAGGAGCUUUUAUAGGGGGGCUACUUGGAGGUCCACCCGGUAUAUUUAUUGGUGGUACUUUGGGAAGUGCUGUGGGAUGGUGGAUGACUAGAGGCCAAUUCCGUCCUCUUCAUCAGAUCAUAAUGGAGAUGUCUCCUCAACAGAGGAAGAAACUGUACUCUCAGAUCAUGGAAAAUCUGAAAAAUCUGCCAUGGGAUAAUGUGCAUAAACUCCUUCAGUUAGUGAUGAGUAAUCCUUCUCUAAAUAAGCAAGUACUUGAUGUUUUAGACUCUUUUGCCAAAAAAGAGCUCAGAGCCAACGUGAAGCAUGGAAAAAAAUAGCAUCUUAUAAUUACACCUGGGGCCUGUUUCAUAAAACAAGUUUACCAAAUAAGCCAGUUUUAUUUCAUUUAGUCUGACUUAUUGUCAUGUUUUGUUUCCAAAUAAACCAGUUUUAAGAAACAGCUUUUAUGAAAUUUUUCUUUAUUAUAAACAAGUAGCAGCCCUUCAACAUCCAACAAAGGAGGAGUUUUGACAGGUGCCUUCG